AUGACAGGCCGCGGCACUCGCGGCUAUGUGGCUCUGGACCUUGAAAGCAACGAGCUUGUAUACCUCAAAGACUGCUGGCGCGUGGACCUCAAAGGCAUGGCUAAAGAAGGCGAGGUCAUACGUAGCAUGAACGACCUGCAGGUGAAAUAUGUUCCGACAUUAGUGUGUCACGGGGAUGUAGUGGGGCAGUGUACAUCAACUCAAGAGCACUGGUCUGGGGACGCGGUCACACCGGGUCGACUCAGACCCUAUAGACAUUAUCGUUUAGCCGUGAAGGAGAUAGGCUGCCCUCUCAAGGAGUUCAAGAACUCUGAGGAGCUGGUUACAAUCAUCUACCACUGCAUAUAUGGUCAUGCGGGCGCCUACAGACGAGCCAAGAUCAUUCAUAGAGAUAUCAGCGCCGGUAAUAUACUAAUCCUUCGAAAGACGGUCGAUGAUAAAGGCCAGACGUCUGUCAUUUCGGAAGGUCUCUUGAAUGACUGGGACUUGUCCAAGAGCAUAAUGGCUGGUAAUGAUGGUCCGAGGCAAUUUGAUCGUACGGGCACCUGGCAAUUUAUGUCGGGAAAUCUCCUGCAGUUUCCUUGGAAGUCGCAUGAGUUACCGGAUGACCUAGAAUCCUUCCUGCACGUCUUGCUUUACCAGGCGAUACGUUUUUUGGAUCAU